AUACUGCCGUUUUGAACGAACAAUUUUAGAAUGAAAAUCAAAAGAUGCACCAGAGCCUGUUUUCAGUUCAUUAGGGCUAACUUGAGAGGUAUUUUGCAAAUUAACAUCUUGGGACGCGCCAGGAAUUGUUUCAGGCAAGCUAAAAGCAUCUUCGAUAUAAACUUUACCAUUACAACGCUGGCUUAAAGAGAGAUGUCCGGACUCAGAGUUGCAGUCGGAGUCGGAGUAGAAGUUACCAACAAUCCAUCGAAACCGCAGCCCUGGGUCAGAUGAAUGAUAAAAGUGGGUUUUUAUUGUUGGCGAGCAGCUUUGUGAUACAUGAGAAGUGGCCCCUUUAUAUCAUUCAUCAGCCGAUUGUUUUGCAUUCAAUAAACAUAAGUCUACCACCCCGAAUACCACUGUAUCUCCACCAUAUCUGCCAAACAAUGGACAUGCGCCGAUGAUCAGAGCUCGGCCGGGAGGGCGCCCACAGCUCCGGAGAAACCGCUCACUAUAAAGGCUCGGUGGGCGCCGGCGGCGGGCCAGUCGGUCGCGCAUCACCAUGGCGUCUGCACGCGCUGCCUGCCUCGUGCUCCUGGCCCUGGCCGACGCCGCCUCAGCCGGUUCGAUGCUGAGGAGGAGACAGCUGGACACGUCUGGAGCCCUGCUGCAGGCCUUUGUCCCCCAGGAGCCACCGGCGCUGGCUGACCCUGCCGGCGCCGAGAACCGCCAAUCGGAGGGCGGCUUCAGCCCGCAGAUCCCCAACUUCCAGGCCGGCAGCUCACUCCCGCCCGCCGACGAGAACAGCGCAGGUUUCUUCCAGAUGCCGCCGGGCUUCCCCAACAUGGCGUCCCUGAGCGGAUUCGCCGACCAGUUCCAGGACUCGCCCAACGCUGUGAACAACAUCGACGUGCCGGGCAUCCAGUUCCCGGCCUCGCCGUUCCAGUCGCGCUUCGACGACGAGCCGCAGCCUGUGUUCCAGGACACGCCAGCCGGCAGCAACUAAACUCGAGUUCUAAAUGUGCCCGCGCGGACUCUAGCACAUAGGUGCCAGAGCCGGCGCUGCGCCCCUCCCCCACACUACUCCAGUGACCGAGCGCCCCUUUCAGCUGACCCGGCGGCGGCGCCGCUCGGCGCCGUUCCCUCGCGGCGGCGGCUGGCGGGACGCCCGCCGCCACUCCCACCACGGCCCGACGUACCCGGCGUACCCGGUGCACGAGCGGCACGACCCCGGCCCCGGCCCGAGCGGCGGGCGCUACCAGCUGCCGCUCAGCCCUGUGCCGUACCGCGCGCCGUUCGACGAGGCUCGUCACCCGGUGCUGCCGCCGCCGCCGCCGCGGCACCCGGCGCGGGCCCCCUCUCCCACCUCGCCCCGGCCCGGCUUCCUGGAGGGAUUCCGGGAGCCCUUCCCGGCCCAGGAGCGCUCCAGCCUGCUCGGCUCCGGUAAUUACAUCAUCCUCCGUGGCGGAUCGUUCGUCGACGACUACAGCUACCUCGACAACCACCUGUCGGCGCGGCCGUACCCCGACCGGCGGCCGGACAUCAUCGACAACUUCAGGGACUUUGCCGAGUUCGCGCACGGCUCCGAGCCGGCCUACAGCCUGGCGGUGCCCGAGAGACGUAUGAGCACGUCAGAGACGAGUACGGACGUUGUCAGAGCAUCUGCUGAGAACAGCACGGAGGCCGAUACUGCCGAGAUCCAGAGCACAGCGGACGGAGUGGAGAUAGAGGAAGAGAGUGAGGUUGAACUGAGCGGGGAAGGUGAGAAUCGACCUCGCCAGGCGGCCAACAUUCAGGAGAUCUUGUCUGAUAUCUCCAACGACGUUCAGGCCGACCGACUGCCCGAUCACGGCACCAGCCAUGUCAAGAAACGCGUGUUGAAAGACAAGCGUCUGAGGCUACGCCGUCAGCGCCAGAAAGAGGCGAGUCUGGAGAGCCGGCUGUCAACCGAGCCGGAACCCGAGGAUCCAAUGGUGGCAACCUUCUGAGCUCCGGCCGCCCGGCCCAUCUGACCCCGCUCAAGCAUCGUCAUGAUCAUAGCGUCCGGGCGCCGCGGCCGCGCCGCCGUCACCUCCAUUCAUCAGCGAGUUUCUCCUGUAACUCUUUGUCUCCCUCGGCCUGGCCCAUCAGAUCGACCGUCCCUGUUCAGGGGCUGUCGGAGAAAGUCCAGUCCAGCGCCGGCCGCCGCCGCCGCUGCCGCCCGACUUUCACUCUCAGACGGGGAAAAGUGACGCCGGUCGGGCCAUCCGGGCACGAGUCACGCUCGGUCGCGCACCGGUCUGUACAAAAAGCGGCCCGUGUCGACGAUCCGGUACUGGCGCCGAGAGAGCGGCACCGGCCUCCGGUAAACGUCGGCCGAGUUACGAGGGGGACGUAUUUCAGGGACUGGAGGACAUGGGAGUAGUGUGGGGGACGCCGGCACAGGGCAGAGGAGACCUCCCCAGGGAGGGAGGUCCGGGGUGCGUCUUGUCCAGCGGCACCAGAGGUCCUUUACCACCACUCCAUGUCUUUCAUUGUUGUUACGUAUUGGUGUAAGCUGAGCGGAAAUGUUACGUAGCGUGGCGGAAUAAUUACAGUAUUGUCAGCAGGUUUCUCUUCGAAUUAGUUACUGUUAUGCCAAGUAGUACAUGCCCGCUAGUGAUCUGCUGGUACUCAGCCUUGUACAACGAAUCGUAUUUUUGGUUGAUUGUGAUGCAAGUUGUCAAUGAUUGAGAGCGUUUGGAUGGUAUUCUUGCUAUCAAAAUACAUCUUGAAAACGCA